AGAUGGCACAAGAAUCUACAAGACGUUAUGCUGAGAAUAAAACUUUAUCUUUGAUUGAUGGCAUUCCUGUUGCAAUCAAAGAGGAAAUUGGAGUGGUAAGCGAAUCACAUUCCCGUAGCUUAUACUUUAACUAAGCUUGCGUACUGUAGAAUCUCCACAGAAACUUGAACUAUGCAUGACUGUGUUCUCCAGCUGAACUUACGUUUAACUUGGUACUUCCUAGACCCCCAUACGCAGAAACUCACUGAAUUCAGUACGAAAAAUCAAUUUAUGUAGAAAUGUAAUAAAUUUUUAGCCUACUAUUUUUUUAAGUCAGGCUUCAGAGUUGCAAAAAGUAUUCAACCUUCCUCCGGGUAAGAAUUCAAGUUUUCAAACCUUUCUCAAAAUAAUGCGAAUGAUGGCUUUUUCAAAGUGAAUGCAAAAAAUUUAAAUUAUGCACCGUAAUUAAAAAUGGGCUUCUUAUUUCUAUUUCCUACUGAAUAUUUUUCAAUUGCUAUUUUAUUCCCCUCUGUAUUAUCCAUUUGGUAUCGGUACUAUUACAAUAGUUACAAGCACAAAUACACAAUAUCAGUAUCCUGCCUAGCCACCUCAGUCUGCCUGGUGUUAUGUCUUCCUCACUUCUGUCAGGCUAAACCAUAGACCUAAAAAAAACUAGAGCAUGUGGUCUUUCAGAAUAAACAAAUUUUAGAAACACUUCAUCAUAAAAAGCAAAUAUUAAGGGACUUAAAACUGCAAAAGCUUAAGCAUUGAAGUGGAUGAGUUGGACGUCAUCAUUUAUCCAAUUUCGUUGAUCCAACCACAUUUUGAUUAUUGCAGUAGCAUCUGGGGCAAUUUGGAGAAGGCCCCGGGAUGCAAGCUUCAAAAAUUACAAAAUAGAACUGCACGGAUUAUUGCAGAGUCCGACUACAAUGUUCGUUCAGCUCAGAUCUUGAACUCCCUAAACUGGGAUAACCUUGAGAAAAGACGCUCUCCGCAAUUCUGGGAGUCUUACUGUAUAAAAAGAUUAACAAAAUGGUGUCCGACUAGCAAAUUGACACCAACUAAUGUAAUUACACAACUACAAGUUGUGCCACUCUGUCGAGGCAAAGCUUUUUGUCCCAAGAUCUUUGACCUAGUCGCUUUAAGAAAAGUUUUGCGUAUAUAGAGGAACCGUCCUGCGGAAUAGCCUACGUGACGAAUCUGUAAAUGCUAAACUAAACAUCGAAUAAUAUGGUCUGCAGUUGCACCAAUCUUACCCAUUUACAAUCUUACCUAUUUACCUACGAGCAUUUUGUACAAAAAUUGGAAAACAUCGAUCGGAAAACUUAGUCAUUUUUCAGCUACGUCGAAGCUCACGCGAAAUACACGCGUGUUUUAUAAACAAGUUUUCGUUGGCAGGGAUGCAACGAAGGCCCUUCGUCUGGAGUUACUGAGAGGUUGCAACGAAGGCCCUUCGUCUGGAGUUACUGAGAGGUCUCUCUAUAUUGGCCAAUCUAUAAGGGAUCUCUCUAUUGGCCAAUCUAUAAGAGAUUUCUCUAUUGGCCAAUGUAUCACCCAAUCAUAAGGCCGUUUACCUGGAGUUAUCGUUCCAGUAUUUAUGCGUCCAAAAAGUAAGUAUAAGAGAUUUCUCUAUUGGCCAAUUUUCACCCAAUCAUAAGGCCGUUUACCUGGAGUUAUCGUUCCAGUAUUUAUGCGUCCAAAAAGUAAGUAAAAAAAACUCUGAAGUAUUAUAAUUUAUUUAGGCAGGUUACCAUAAGCGAUGUGGUACAGUGUUUAUGGGGCAAGUGGUGGAAGAACAAGAUAGCAAUUUGGUGGCUAAACUACGUGGUCUUGGAGCCAUCAUCAUUGGAGUGACCAAUAUGCAUGAGUUAGGACUGGGAACUACUGGAGUUAACCCAAACAGGUAAUUGGUUGUGAUAGACGGCUAGCAGUCAUGUACAAAACAGUAUUUAUAAGCUUUUAGUAAUUUUAUUCAUUCGAAUUUAGAAAUAGAUUUAAUUAAAAUACAAUGGCGACAAAAAAAUUUAUUUUCUCAUUCGAAAGAAUGUUUAAAAUUAUUUAUAGAAUGUUGUUACAGUUUUUUAUAUUAUGCUUGAUUCUUGAAAUAUUUUGACUGAAUGCAAUCAGCUGUCCCCAUUCAUGGAUUAUUGAGGAUAUGCAUGUUACGCAACAAGUGGGAUGACACAAGUUUUUUUAUCUUGACAGCCAUAGAUCAAUAUCAACCCGAAACUCGUUUUUGGUUCCUGUUUCUCGAAUUGAAUAAAGACAUUUCAAACACCUUUUGAUUGUUUCUCAGCAACUUAGAAGUAAUUUAGAAGUAAGGCUAACCCAAUGGGCGAACAUUGCGCCGUGGACGUCAUCAAAACAAUAGCUAACUAGAUAAGGAAUUAAUCCUAGAUUGCGGACAGCUCAUUGCUUUCAAUCAAAAUUUUCAAGAGUUAAGCUUGAUAUGAAAAAUCUGUAACAAAGUUUUGUAGAUAAUUUUAAACCUUUCAAAUAAGACAAUAAAUGUUUUUUUUGCCAUUGUCCUUUUAAGAAUACCUCAACCUCAGCACACUGCGGUAAACAAAACUUUGUGGCUUUCUUCGUGUUUGGCGGAAACGGCAGCUUCUUAAAAAAGACAAAAUUUGCUCGACUGUAACCGGAACAAAGUGGGAAGCCAUUUUGUUUUUGGCCGGAGGUGAAUAGUGCAUGGAUAUCCGGAACUGAGCAACCAAUCAAAAUGCGUGAAAAGCACUCCCGAGUAUAUGAUAAUUAACAAUUAUUCGCCGAAAGCGAAGUGAUUACCGGUGAAUAUUCACCGAGACGAAGUCGAGGUGAAUUAACUGUAAUCACUGAGCCUGAGGCGAAUAAUUGUUUUAGUAUAAAUUUUUAAUGAAUAAAACAAAAUAUCCAAAUAUCAGUUGAAUUAAAAUUCAGAAAUAAAACUGUUUUCGGCCUGUUCACGGUCUGUCACUAAUAGUGUUGCAGUGUUUCUUGUACACGCCAACCCUGGGAACGAGGUUGUGUACACACAAGCUUUCAAAUUGGCAAUUACAAAGUUGUUUUUCUCGAUUUCUGCUUAGAAUAUAAACACAAUAACGGAAUGACUUUUCACCAGACUUAGAAUUAAAAAAUAGUUUCCGUUUAGCAUUAAUUGUUCAGGAAAUGGCUGAGAAAUUUGGUAAAAUAAAAUGUAAAACUAUAGCGUUCGAAACAAAGUUUUAAUAACACUUUUCGGCAAGGUUUUUCCCAACAGUCGGGAUAGUUUUUGCUAUUUGUUUGAAGUGAAUGUUUCAGAGUUUUACUAAGUUUUAAAUUGUCCGUGAAUAUGUUUCACACAGUAAAAUAAUAAAGGAAUCCUACCUUUCAAGUUUAAUACAACAUUCUGCCCUUCUAGCUUUCGCUUUCUGGGGACGAUUUUUUUCAAUAUUUUGUCGAUUUUGAAACCAAAUUUGCCGAAUUAUUCUUUUUGAAAAGCAUUAUUUACUACCCAGGCGGUACCCUGGAUUCCAGAGCCUUCGACAGUAAAUAAUAAAUUGAAAUGUCGCGAAGGCUCUGGUUCAACGGGGAGAUUCUUUGAUUAAACCGCGCCAAUCACAAAACAGAAUUAGUGGUUUUAGUACAGAAUCUGUACUAAAACCACUAAUUCUGUUUUGUGAUUGGCGAGGUUUAAUCAAGAAUCUCCCCGUUGAACCAGAGCCUUCGCGACGUUUCAAUUUAUUAUUUACUGUCGAAGGCUCUGGAAUCCAGGGUAUACCCAGGCGGUAAAUAAUGCGUCAGAUUUACUAGUCAACUAGCCAGUCAGAACGCGUGAAAGCUCAUUUGAUAUGCAAAAUUUAUACUGAUUACCCAUAUUAACUACCCAGUUCUGUGCCAGCGUAGCAGUGACAAUAUAAACACGUACCAGAAAGCUGUGGAUUGAGAGGGUUCAAUAACCUGAAAAAUACAAGGCAAGCAAAUCUUUGACGUUUUAUAAGAAGAGCCUCUGGUCGAAACGUCGAAGUUUCACUUGUAUUUUUAAGGUAUAGUCAAUGGACCUUUAACCUUAUAACUAAAAUUUUGAUCUAGACAAGUCUAGACAAACAUUUCAUCACAGCUUGAAAGAGCAUCACAAAAUUAGUAAUAUUCCGAAGUUUCGUUGUGAAAUGUUGUAAAAUGCGGAUAGUAUAGCCUUGCGAAGUUUGCAAUUUUCAGUCAUUUCACAUUACAAACGGGAAAUUGAUACCCAAACACCCGAUUUGGGUAUCAAUUUCCCGUUUGUAAUCUAAAAUGACUGAAAAUUGCAAACUUCGCAGGGCUAUAUUGUCCGCAUUUUACAACAUUUCGUAACGAAACUUUGGAAUAUUACUAGAUCAAAAUUUUACUUAUAAGAUUAAAGGUCCAUUCCUCUCAAUCAUAUUUGCAUGUGUAUAAGACAACGUUAUAAAUAAAUAAAUAAGUCUGAAGUUAACGUUUAGUUUUCAAAUUUUCAGUUGCCAUGGUACAUCACGCAAUCCAUAUCAUCUUGACUGCUAUGCUGGCGGAAGUUCUGGAGGAUCUGGUUCUGCUGUGGCUGCAGGUAUACUCUGUUUUUCUUCUACAAUGACAGAACCAUCUUCAGAGAAACGUGAAGAGAAAAUUACAAAGGUUUUUUACACUACCAAAAUUAACUAUGAAAGUUGACUCGAGCAGGAUUUUAACUUGCCCCUUCUGUACUCCGGUUCGCCACUUUAGUUAUUGAGCAUUGAGCUAUCGAACCAACAGGGAUUGGUGGCGAUUGUUUUCAUUUUUAGUGCCGUGCACGAAACAUUUCCAGUCUGGAUUGGUAUAGGCUUGUUUAUAGAGUAAAGCCACUGAUCUAAUAGUAGAGUAAAGCCCUGAUCUCAUUUGACCGGACCAAGCUUAACAUCAUGGUUCAAAUUUUUAUGGGAGUUGACGAGUAUUUUUGCUUAUUUGACCAGUCAACUGAACUGUCACGCAACUCUUGUUCUCGUUUGACCAGGGCAUGAGAGUUGACGAAACUCUCAAACAAAAUAAAGGUUUGAUAAGUGUUCCAACUAUAUUUUAACUUAAGUAUAAUACAUGAAAGUGUUGGGAAAACUUUUAGAACAGCAAACCAAUAUCACGUGACCGCCAACUCUCAUGUACUCUCAUCUUCGUUUCAUCCGGGCUUUAUGCUUGAAAUCUUAAACAUUACGUCUCAUUCUCUAUUACUGUAUAGGUAUAUGUCCAGUUGCCAUUGGUAAAGACGGAGGCGGCUCCAUUCGUAUCCCUUCCACACUUUGUGGUGUUGUUGGAAUUAAACGUAAGAUAUAAAUUCAGGAGUUGUGAAUUAAUAGUUUCAACUGCCUGAAAAAUAUCAGCAGAACUUUGACGUUGCGAGCCAAGGGUGCAACGAGGGCCUUCGCUCGUUCUUCUGAUAUUCAGAUAGUUGAAUUCCUAGCAAUUCACAGCUUUUCUGUUGUUGUCACUACCUACACAGGCAAACAGGUGGGAAAAUUGUCGUCGUUGACCAAAUUGAUCGCGGACGCUUUCUUUUUGCCAGCAAGAAUUGUGAAAACAACAAAAACACAGAUUUCGCUACCCUGUUUCUCGUACUGCAGCGGAGGGAAAAUAAAAGAAAGCUGGCAGACGUAAACGUUAAUAAACGUUAAUCUAGAACACAAUUACUUGUCGCAAUCGGGAAAUUAGCAGUUAAGAAUUCUUCGCUGAAACGUGACCGAAAAUGACGUUUCUUGCAAAGUGUGUGUUUUCUAUGGCAAAUAACCUCGAGCAUGAACUUAAUAUUGAUGGAAUGCUCCGCGUUUAAUGUGAUUUUCUACACUAAAUUUUGCGCAAUAACACUGAAAAUAACUCAGAUUUGUGGAUAAAGGUUAGAUCUACCUGAUACACCUACGGAGCUGUGGAUUUAGUACUUGGUUUGCUGUAUUUUGGCACAGAAUAGGAAGUUAUACCAGAAGCGUAACUCUAGUCGUUUCCCUUAUUGUUUGACGUCCACGAAAAUUUUAACUCGCUCACGUCAGGCCACGCCAUCCUGGCUAGUACAGCCGGAAGUUUUAUCAGGAUUUGGUAGGUACAAAGUGCCGGUUGUACUAGCCAGGAUGGCGUGAUUGAUGACGAAUCGCUUGUAAAAACGCGGACAAAUAUUUGCUCGAGUUACGCUUCUGGUAUAACUUCCUAUUCUGUGAUUUUGGUGGGAACUUUUGUUUGGAAUUCGCAAUUUAGUCGAUUUUCAUUUCAGACUUUUGGUGAAACCGUUUAAUUUGAUCACGCAAGCAUACGACGCACGCGACCAGAUCAACCGUAAAAAGUUAAGAAUAAAAUUUGAACUCUGAAGUGGACGCGCAACUGUAAUUAGAACUCAUUAAAAUCAUUUAACUCUAAUAAUUGGUUAUUUACGAUUUCCACUGAAAAUGGAAAGAUACAAUCGCAAAACCUUUGAAAUUUUAAAGACACUUUUCAUCUGGCUUCUUACUCCAUUCCGCGUUAUUUGGUUAUUUACAAGAUCUAAACCGCAGCUUACGGUUUUGGACGAUGAAACAACUUUUAAACGAGUCAUUAUAUCUUCAGAACUAGCAAAGUUACCUGACAAAUUGUGUUUUAUUUGGAUGUCAACGCGAGAUAUAUUUUUACGAAAAUCCAGCUAUCCUUGCAAACAUCGAUAUGGUUUGGAAUUCAGUAUAAAACAUAAAAGCCUGCAUUUAGUCUUGUGUAUCCUCCUUGCUGGUGAUAUCGCUACCAAUCCAGGUCCGACUUUACCGAAUGCGCAGUUUGGCAACCUAUCUCCGUCACAUCUACAAGUUCCUGUUGACGAGCGCCCUAACAACGAAUUUGGACCAGCCAUCGCUCUUGCCAAUAUGAUGUCGCUUGCGCCAAAGAUUGAUGAGCUGAGAUGCUUUGUUGAGAAUACAAAACCUGAUUUAAUUUCAUUAACUGAAAACUGGCUCAAUGACUCUAUUAGCGAGCACCAUCUUAAUAUUCCUGGUUAUAAUCUGCUAUUGAAGAACCGUACUUCUGGUGUGCAUGGUGGUGUCGGACUUUACAUAAAAAACUCCAUCAAGUUUAACGCUCUCACUGACAUCUACCACCCUCAACUUGAGGUGCUUUGGACAUACAUUAAACCCACGCGACUCCCCAGAGGUAUACCCUGUGUAAUUGUUGGAACUGUGUACCAUACACACUACCCUGUAGGUGCUAGUGAUAACGCAAUGUUGGACUACCUGGCAUCAUCACUAACUGUUAUCGAAGGUCGUUACCCUGGGUGUGGUAUAUUAAUAACAGGUGACUUUAAUCGCUUAAAUGUGAGUCGUCUCCUUAAGCAAUUCAAGCUAAAACAGCUCGUUCGCGGUCCAACAAGAGGCGAAAGGACUCUCGAUCUCAUUAUUACGAACAUGCCUCAAUUGUAUGACAUGAACUUGUUGCAGAGCUUUCCGCCUUUUGGGUUAUCUGACCAUUCCGUGUUACUGUUGCAGCCUAAACCGAGAACUGCACAAAGCUGUAGCCGUCGUUCUGUGACUCGAAGGGAUACUCGUCUGAGCCGCCGGCAUGAACUUGGAAGGUAUCUGAGCUCGAUUGACUGGUCGUUUCUUGAUUUCGUUACUGGCUGUGAAAGCAAAUUACAACUCUUCCUUGAUCUGAUGCUCCCUGGAUUACCCCAGAAUUUAAAACUCUUAUUAAACUACGCCAGAAAGCCUACGCACAAGGUGAUCAAGAUCGUUUCCGACAGCUCCGAAAUGUGGUAAACCGUGAAAGAAAAGUGCUUCGUUGUAGAUAUUACACCUCCAGAGUUGCAAACCUCAAGAAUACGAAACCAAGCCAGUGGUGGAAUGAGGUUAAAAAGAUUUCAGGAAUGGUCCCUGCUGCAACGACCGGUGAUAUUCGCUCACAACUUCACAUUAGUGGCAUCGAUGGAAUGUCGAAUAAGGAUAUCACUGACCUGAUCAACACUGCACUUCUCGAACCUAUGCAAAUAUACCAACCACUUGAGUAGUAUAGGAACUGCCGGUUCUAGACCACUAGUUUUUUUUCUAGACCAGUAGUUGUUUUUUUUCUAGACCACUAGUUUUUUACCUUUAGUAAAAAUUAAUUAUUUAUUUUUAUUAUAUUAA